CAGAGAUUUUGCCAUCUAGAGAGAGAGGGAUUCCUUGGGGACUAAGAAAACCCGAACUUUUAACCCCUCUCUGUCAUGUUUGUAAACUUAAUCAUCGCUUCAAAACUUUCCUGUAAAUUAUUCUCCCUUUUAUCUGUAAAUUCGUUUAAAUCCCCAUUUCAUUAUAUUUUUUUAGGAAAAUUCGGUAUUUUCCAUGUCCUUGCUUCCUUUAUUUGGAAAUCCUUCUCAAUUCCCUCCUGUUUUCUCUCAGUAAUAUUUUUUUUCUCCCGAAUUUGUUGUUUUUCAUGGCUGAAUUGGUAGAAGAAAGUUUUAGAGAAGACAAUUGGGAUUUCACGCUUGAUGAUAUACCAGAUAUCACACUGGACUUGGAUAUCUUCUCAGAGCCGUUGGUUUAUCAUCCAUCAACUCCGGAAACCCUAACGAAGAAUGCGAGUUCUUUUUAUUCACCUUCGGAAACGCUGGAAUAUUUUGAUUCUUUGCACUCACAUUCUAAAACCUUAACAGAGAAUGAAGAAACUACGAUUAAUGGAAUGGAGCAGAUCAUGACUGUGGAAGAAACAGUAGAACCGAAUAUCACGAUUAUGGAAGAAAACUUAGACUUGAAGAUCAGAGAGAUGGAGAAGGCCCUUCUAGUGGAGGACGAGCAGUUACAGGAUGAUGAAGGUUUCUCUGAGAUUUUUUUCUCUGACAUAUUCCCUGAAAACUCGGAGAAGAGCUCUGAAUCUUCACCGGUUUCUGGUGUUUCUUCUCAAUCUGUUGAUAUUUUUGCCGGAGAAGCAGAUAAACAAGUGGAACCUUCACCUGAAUCUGGUGGCCUUGUCGAAUCGCCGGUUAUUGUUGAAGAUGAGAGCAAUGUAGCGGAGGAGAAAGAAGAGGAAAAGGAGGGAGAUGAAGAUCACUUGAGCAAGAAGAGAAAGAGGCAAAUCAGAAACAGAGAUUCAGCCUUGAGGUCAAGAGAAAGGAGGAAAGAAUUUGUAAAAGACCUGGAGAUUAAGAGCAAGUAUUUAGAAGCUGAAUGUAGGAGACUGCAGAACUUGCUUGGUUUCUGCUACGCAGAGAACAAUGCUUUGCGUCUCCACAUACAGAAGCGAAACAAUGAGGUUGCUGCAGGCCUUGUCAGAGCCAAACAGGAGUCUGCCGUGCUCCCGUUGGAAUCCCUGCUGUUGGGUUCCCUGUUUUGGCUCUUGAUAAUGGUCAGCGCAUUCCUCUCAAUCGGUCCUUUCAGUGUAAGCCACCCAGAGUUGGUUCUCAGACUCGACAGAAGCCUAGGACAGGAGCUCACAAGUCUAAAAAGACUCUGGGUUAGGCCAGAGACAUUGGAGUCGAAGCCAAGGUCACCAGUGGCCUUAUUGUUGAGGAGGUGGAGGUUUAGUAGGACGAAAAUGAAAAUGAGGGCCAUCUCUUGCAGUAUGGAUUUGAAUUUUAGAGAGAGGGUUUCAUGGCCCUUGUUCAAGGAUGGUGAUCUUAGUAUCUCUUGAAGGAUUUUGAGGGGUAAGAUGCCAAAUAUAGUUGUCUUGUUAGGCUUUGGUUCAGGUUGUCACAUCUAGCUCCUUUUUCUUCUGUUUUUUUUUUCCCCUCUUUUUGAGGGAUAGAUAGCUAGAGAGAGAGAGAGAGAGAGUGAGAGGGUGGGGGGUUGCUUUUUGGAUUUAAUUGUGUGUGAGAGAGAGAGGUGGUUGCGUUUGGAUUUAAUUGAGCUUUCAUUGAUACAAUCACCAAGGACCUUUUUAGCUGGUAGUUACUUUUGCUAGUAGUUUAUUUUAAAUUUCAUUUAUUAUCCUAGUAUUUAGUUCUGCUAUCUGUUUGGUAGUUAUAUUAUAUUAGACAUAAUAUUCUGUAGAA